GCUGGCAUCGUCUUCCCUUACAGCACUGGGCUAAUAGCUGGAUGUAACACCAUGGCAGCCAGUGAAGUAGCUGUAGGAGUGAUCUUUUUGUCACAGACUGUGGUCGGGUUUCUGGGGAAUUCCUUUCUCUUCUACCAUUACCUAUUGUUUAACUUCAGAAGGUGCAGGUUAAGGUCCAGAUACUGGAUUGUGAUGCACUUGACUAUAGCCAACAUCUUAGCUCUGUUGUGUAAAGGAGUACCACAGACAAUGGCAUCUUUUGGGUUAAAAGACUUCCUCAAUGACUUUGGAUGCAAAGGGCUUUUCUAUCUUCACAGAGUAGGCAGGGGUGUGUCCAUCGGCAGCACCUCUUUCCUGAGUAUCUUCCAGGCCAUCACAAUUAUCCCGUUGGAAUCAAGAUGGGCAGAGCUUAAAGAAAGAAGACAAAAAUACAUUGGUUCUUCUGUUUACCUGAGCUGGAUCCUGUACAUGCUUGCCAGUAGUUUUAACCUUGUGUAUGUGACAGCAAAAUACAGCCAGAACAACACAGAAAAUCUAAAAGAUAUGGGAUACUGUGCCACUACUACAGACAAAAUCAGUGACAUACUGUAUGCAGCACUGUUUUCAGUUCCUGACUUUCUUUUUAUGGGGCUCAUGGUCUGGGCCAGCACCGUUAUUGUUCUCGUCCUUCACAGGCACAAGCAGAGAAUGGACCACAUGUCUAAUGCCAAAGUAUCCUUCAGAACCUUUCCUGAAGCCAAAGCUAUCCAAACCAUCCUUCUCCUGGUGAGCACUUUUGUCUUCCUUUACACACUUUCUUGCAUCUUUAUUGUCUGUAUAAUUUUUUCUCGUCAUCACAGAUGGCUCCUGGUGAAUGUUUCUGUUUUACUUGCUGGAUGUUUCCCAACGGUCAGCCCCUUCCUCAUCUUACAACCUGAGUCCACUAUGCAUGGGGGUUUCUGUUUUAUCUUCAGAAAAAAAUGA